GCUAGCUUCACACAAGCGGAAGAGACGGAGUGAAACAAAGAUCUGUUCUGUUGAGUAUCGAUCAUCAGUUGAUCAGUUUAUCAGUAAACUGCUCUCAGCCUCUCGGUAACUUCACGUUAACCGUCAGCACGGUGACUCUCGGUAACGAACCGGUAACGUGACUUUGUGAUAUAUUAGUGAAUAUAGAUUAAACACAGCUUUACCUGCUGUUAGCCUAGCCUAGCACAGUUAGCUCGUCUGAACCGGACCGGACCGUUUGUACCAUGGGAGCCCACCGCAGUGAGGGAGGCCGGGACUGGCUGCAGCAGGACGGACCCGAGCAGCCGGAGCAGAGCCCGAAGCCAUGGAACUUAAUGAUCAAACACAGACAGAUUCACAGAAGAGGACGACGCUCACACAUGACAGUCAGCUACACUGAUCCUCAGGUGUCCAUGGACCUGUUGAGGGCUGUGCUUCAGCCCAGCUUCAACGAUGACAUCAUGGCUGUGUUCAAGAAGUACAAUAAGUACUUUGAGAAAGCGGCGGAGAACGUGAAGGUGAACGUUGGAGACGACGUUCAGACCGAUCUGCUGAUCAGAGAGGCCUGCAGGAACAUCCUGGAAAAUGCGAAGCAGCUGUUUCCAGAGGUGGAGGCGAAGAGGGCGGGGUCAGAGGCUGCCAUCAAGAGGUCCAGACCUGCUGAUGAAGACUACACCCAGAGAGGAAGCCCCGUCCCCAAGAAGAGAAGGACUCGUCCAGGUGCGGCGGCGAACUCCUCCGAUCGACCUCACACCUUCUCCACUCAAGUGAAGCCCAAGGCUGAACCCAUCAAGAGAGAAGGACCGAAGUGGGAUCCGGCCAGACUGAACGAAAGCAGCACGUUUGUUCUCGGCUCCAGAGCCAACAAAGCGCUGGGGAUGGGCGGGACCAGGGGACGCAUCUACAUCAAACACGCUGAUCUGUUUAAGUAUGCAGCAGAUACAAAGGAUAAGCAGUGGCUGGCAGAGAGACACCACAUGAGAGCAACAGGAGGGAAGAUGGCCUACCUGCUGAUCGAGGAGGACAUCCAGGAUCUGUCUCGCAGUGACGAGUACAAGGACUCUCCGGACGUCAAGAUGGACGAGUUGAAGCCGUUCUCAGUUCCUUUGUGGAUGGUGGAGAAAAUGCAGAGAGCUAUGGAGGCUCAGAGAGACGCUGCUGACCUCUGACCCCCACACACACACACUGGACUGAUCACAUGACCUCUGACCCACCCACUGAUCACAUUUUGUUAUUGUUGCUGCAGUUUUUUUCUAAAAAAAUGAAAUAAAAACAAACCCUGCAGGUUG